GUAUAAAUGCUGAUUUGAUAUCAGGCUUGAAAAGCCCACAUUAUGAUCCGGUUCUCACGCCUUUAAAUCCUAGUUGUAACUCGUAAGCGAAAAGUGAUGCUGCUGAUGCAGGUGCAGACAGACUGAGGAGAAUAAGGGGCGGUACUUUUAACUCUUUUAUUCCCUCCCCUCGGUGCUCCUCAACUUAACAUAACCUCAUCAUUUGGCCCUCUUUUAGUCCCUGUUCCUUCCCUUCAAAAGUGACUUUGGACGCAGGGACGUCACCCUGCAUGGCACUUUCCACCAGACGAGCCCAGCUUUGCCUUAAUCUAAUCUAAUCUUCGGCAAUUGACACUCCGCGCCCUGGUUGCAGCGCGGCUCCAGUUCAGUGACACCUCCGGUCCGGUCCCGGUGCUGGUCACACACACACAAACCGACGCUUUUUUUUUUUCUUUUUUGUUCCCUGGUUGCUGAGACAGAAUCAACCGAGGCAUGUUUCUGUGUGUGUGAUCAAAUUAACCUGCACGAUCUGCUGAGCGGAGCCUGGAGGAGAGAGGGAGGAGGAGGGGGAGAGAAAGAGAAGGAGAGAGAGAGAGGGAGAAAGAAAGCGAACAUGAAGCUCAUUCGCCAUGUCUAAGACAGCGGUGAAGAAGCUGCACUGGCGCUCCAAGGUGCAGGACAGCUUCGUCCCCUUGCUGGGAUCGUCGGGGGAGCUGGGGAUCGCCAUUGGUGGAGGAGCAGACUAUGGAGAGUUUCCUUUUGUCACAGCGGCUCCGGGGGGCGGACUCACAGUGGGCGAUAUCAUCCUAGAGAUCGGGGGUACGCCCGUUUUAGGGAUGACAUUAGGAGAUGUCCGGGGUGUCCUCAACUCCUGCCCCCAUCCCAUCCGCAUCAAAACUGUGUCACCAGGCUCCACAUUGUGCAAGGAUCUCAGGUUGUAUCUGAGUAAGUGCUUCACACCCGGCUCAGUGGACAGCCAACUUCAGCAGGUCAUACGAGAGAACCUCUACCUCCGCGCUGUACCUUGUACGACCAGACAGCCCAGAGACGGGGAAAUCUCAGGGGUAGACUACAACUUCGUCUCCAUCGAGGAGUUCUUCUCCUUGGAGGAGUCGGGAGCGCUGCUUGAGAGCGGAAAGUUCAAAGGGAAUUACUACGGCACACCUCGACCGGUCCACAUCAGCGCCGAGAGCCCGCCGGUCACCUACCAGGAACACCGCAACCUGCUCAGAAACUUCCGCACACGCAGCAAAUCACUCAGCAACCUGGAGAAGGCUGCGGAGGAGGCCGAGAACAGCGAGGACGACUCGGGACUGUCGGGAGGCUCUGCAGGUGUCAGCAGCAGCGUCCAUCCCAUCCAUCGGUCCCCCGGUCGGCCCCGGGCAUCCAGCAGCGGGGAUGGUCGCGCCGUAGAGAACGGGAUCAUCGGCGGCAGGAGUGGUGCCAGAGUGAGAGGUGUGAUGCCGGAUCACUGGGAGCUGGCCUUCAGUGACCCAGGAGAGUCUCACUACAUAGAUCGCAACCCAAGGAGAACCAGCUGGCAGAGUCCUCGAGCCUCGAGCAGGGAGACGGUCUACCAAAAUGAAUGGUUCACGGACCAGCCCGAGGAUCUCAGGGGGUUUCCGGUGCACACACACUUGAUCAAGGGCUCCAGAGGGUUCGGAUUCAAUAUCGUCGGCGGCAGCAGGCCAAGAGAGUUCCUCCAGGUCUACAGCGUGACUUCGAGUGGACCCUCAGCGCUCAAGACAGCGGACAUCUUGGUGUACGUCAAUGACGUUUGUGUGUUGGGAGUGUCUCACAAAGAGGUGGUAGAGAUGCUCAAGUCGGUGCCUGUGGGUCACAGCGUUGACGUAGAGGUCAGAAGAGGGUACCCCAUGCUCUACAACCAUGAUGGUUGUCCCAAGAAGCCCCCGCCGAGGACACAGGACAGCGGGGACCCCAUCCUAGCACCCACCACCACCCAACCCCAGCCUCUUCACCAGCUACCUCGCCUCCCGACGCCCACUCCCCAGUCCCAGCAUUUUAACUUUAACGGGGUCCACAGUGAGCGGAGCUACAUGGAGACAGCAGUGACUCUGGACUCCAACGGAAAUGCCACGUCUUUCGCCACCAGAGCGCCGCCCUUGUACAGACGCUCCAGUAUGAGCCACCCUGCCUCCUCCUCCUCCCCUCCUGUGCGUCCUCCUCGUUCCCUGAGGAGUUUAGCCCGGCUGCAGUCGUUCGACCCGACGCUUGCCAGCCAGAGUGACAGCGAGGUGGUGUCUGCGAUUGGUUCACACAGGGCAUCAAUGAUCCGUAAUCACAACAAUAACUCCCUCUCCACACCCCCCAAUCCUUUACGUUACGGCACGUCCAAGUCAUCUGAGAGCGACCUGUCCACCUGCGACCUGUCGGGCUCCCGGCUGCCCCUGCCUCAGUCACCGAGGAGGCCCAUGUCCUCCCCCGGCGGCCCCCGCAGCGCUCACUCCCACCUCUUCAGACCUCAGACCUCUCACCUCAGACCCCCAACGCCCGACAGCCCCCACCACCGUGGCUUCAACGGUUACCAUGGUAACACCAGCCCAACUGCGAGUCCCAGCAGUGUGUCCUCCCCCGGGGGGAUGAGCAUGGGCAGCGGAGUUGGCAGUUUCAGCGGAGGGGAGCUGGUGCCGGUGGCCUUGGCCCAAAGUGAAGGAGACCAAGGACUCGGCUUCAGCGUGACGGCUGGAGGUCCGGGAGGCAGGCUGACUAUCGUGAAGAGAGUCUGGGACAGGAGGCAGUGCAACUCCCUGCAGCCAGGGGAUGCUGUUGUCAAAAUCAACGGAGCAGAUGUCCAGAGUCUCAGCUUUGCACAGGUACAGACAGUCCUCCAGGAACACACCAAACUGGGAGAAGUGGUCCUGUUGGUCUACAGAGGAGGCGUCUAUCAUUCAACCGUCUCCCCUGGCUCUAUUCGGAGACUCCCUCCGCCUCUCCUCCGCCCCCCUCCUCCACCUGUUGACUCGGACAGCUCCUCUCUGCUCCCAGAGGCACUGCCCGUGCCCCGGACCUCCAUCAGCCUGCCUCCCUCCCCGGCCCCCACGCACUCCUCUCUGAUCCAGAGCACCAGUUUCUUGGAGUCGAUUCCCGUCACCCUGACCAUGGAGCCCAAAGACUGGAUCAACACGGGCCUGGAGGACGAGGCGGGCGGUGUCACGGUGCCUGAUUCGGGUCUGGAGAGGCAGGGCGGGGAACGCACUCGGCCGCUUCGAGGGUUUGAUGUGGAGCUGAGGAGAAAGCCAGGAGAGGGCUUUGGGUUCGUCAUUGCCUCUCAAGACGUAGAGAAUGGAAAAGCGGCUUCACUCCUCCCUCACCGGUUUGUGACGGUCCGUCGAGGCAGCCCGGCGGCCAAGAGCGGUCAGAUCCGGCCCGGUGAUCGAUUGGAGGCGGUGGAGGGACGAUCGGUGGUGACCCUGCCUCAUCGGGAGCUCGCUCAGAUCCUCCGUCGAGCUGGAAAUACCCUGCGCCUCACCAUCGUCCCCCGUCCCAGCACCUACUCUACAAGCCUUUCAGAACCCAGCGAGUAUGAACCCGGUCACAGAAGCAGAAAGGGUCAAAGGUCGCGUCCAAAGCGUGACUCCAGGUAUUACAGCGUAGACCUGGAUCGGGGCCCCUCAGGCUUUGGCUUCAGCCUCCGAGGAGGCAGCGAGUACAACAUGGGCCUCUACGUCCUGGGGCUGAUGGAGGGGGGGCCAGCCUCACGGAGCCAAAAAAUGCAGGUCAGCGAUCAGCUUGUCGAGAUAAAUGGAGACAGCACGGCAGGGAUGACCCACAGCCAGGCGGUCGAGCAGAUCCGCAGAGGAGGCCACCGAAUCCACCUGGUGCUCAAGAGAGGAAACGGCUACGUGCCCGACUAUGGCCGUGAGCGCAGGAAUGCACCCCCCUCCCUCCUGCGUCACCCCAAGGAGCAGGGUUUGGCUGCAGUAGACUCCACCGGGCGGAAGGGGCACAGCUCCAAGCAGAAGAGGAGAAGCAGGUCUUCAGAUGGACGCGCGAGGGAGAAAGAGAUAGGAAGAAGAAGAAGAAGAAGAAGAGGGGGCUCAGAGGGAGGAGGGCGCUCCGAUUUACAAAGCCCCGUCUCUGAGCUGGGAGAGGGGUCUCGGGAAGCCAGGGACAGGAGGAGCAGGAGGAGAAAGCGGGAGACUCAGAGUUUACCCAGAGAUGCCCUCAGGAACUACGAUGAUAGUGAGACGGAAAGAGGGACGGAGAGGGGAACGAGAAGGGAGAGGAGGAGCGGAAGGAGCAAAAGCAGAGGGAGGAAGAGCAGAAGUGAGGAGAGGGUGAGAAGGGCGAGGGGUCAGGAGGAAGAGCGAGAGGAACCUGCUGUCGAGGAGAGGGUGGAAGAGAGGAUGGAGGAGGAGGAAAGAGUCAAUUUAGAGCAGGGGGAAGAGCGAGAGGAACCCGCUGUUGAGGAAAGAGUGGAAGAAAGACAGGAGGAGGAAGUAGAGGAGGAGGAGGUGGAGGAGGGGGUUGAUUUAGGGAUAGAGGAGAGUGAUGAUGAGGUUUUCCUACCCAUUCCAAGCCCUAACCAAAAGCUUCCCACGCCCAAACAGCUCUGGGCGGUGGAGAAUGAUGAAAACUGGGACGUGGCAACAGAGUACAGGGAGCUGAGGACAGAAAGGUCACGGGACGAUGACGGGAGCGAAAAUAGCGAGACAGAGCUGAUCGAGCAUCGGAGAGAUGACGACGUGCAGAGCGAGAGCGCCGCUGUGAUCGAUCCAGUGUCACAGAGAAAGCCCUUCUCCUUCCUCACCUCCACGCUGUCCCUAGAGCAGCUGGGGGACAAUGAGUCAGAGUCCGGAGGCAGCCAAUCUGACGGCAGCGUGUCUGCUGCCAGCAUCUCGGGCCUCUCUCUGGCCCCCGCGGGAGCAGGUGGGCACGGGGCCAAGGUGCUGCCAGGCCCCUGGCUCACACCCAGCCAGCAGAGGGUGGCUCAGGUAGCGGGGAGCCGGCGCCCUGAGAGCCGGACAGAGCGGGGAGGAGGAAGAGGCGCCGUCUCGUGACCGUUGACAGGAAGAAGUAGCAGCCGAAUGAUUACAGAUCCAGUCAGUCUCACACUGUUAGACCUCGACUUGUUUUCUGCAGCUACCCACACUACCAACAUCUUCUCUUAGUCACUUUGAUAUCCACAGUCGUCUGAAGUCAUAUUCUUUGUGCCUUUUUACAGCUGACCUCGGGCUGACGUUAAGUGUCGAUAUCACAUUUGAACAUGUAAAAUCGGUGAUGUUGUGCGAAACAGCCUUGUGUUUUGUUUUUUUUUCCCCUCCGAGGCGCCCGCUGCCCCUCACUAUAUUUAACUCCUCUCCUUGUGUUUGCAGCCUUUGUUUCCAGGACAACGAGGUAUUUCAGACACCUUGUUGAUCCUUCCCUCCCGUGUCUCGCUCACUUCUCUCCGCAUCUCUGCACCUUUUAGCGGAGCGUCCUCCCGACUGUACAGAAAAGACCACACAGACGUUCACGUAUACCUCAUGAAGAUACCGAGCAAUAAUAAUGCAAAUUGUACAUGACGAUCAGCCAUCCAUUUCCGCUGCGGCGUGCCGAUGUGGGCCGAAGGGCGAACAGUGUAACAAUGUUUGUACGAUAUCCUCUUUUGUCUUAUGUGGACACUUGCCUCGACUAUUGUAAUGUCGUCCCGUAUAACUGAAUAUUUGAUUGUGAUGAUGCAAAUCCCCUUUGACGGCAGGUGUGAAAUCUAUAUUCUGUAAAUAUCUGUAGAGAAAUAAACUGACAGAACCUAUUGUAAAUAUUAUAGUAACUGGAGCAAAGCCCUGAUUUGUAUGACUGUAUUGUAAUGCCUCAUGAUAAAAGUCUAUAUGAAUAUAAAUAUAUAUAUAUAUAUAUAUAUAUAUAUAUAUAAACAUAUGCAGUAUAUCUAUAUAUUACAUACAAAAGCUACCCGUUUCAAAUUAUUUAUUAUCGUGUGAUGAGAAGUGGUAUAUAAAAUGUAAACACAGAACUAUAUUGUACCUGCCCUGUUCAUAAAUGAAUGUUUUUCUUUUCUCGUAAAUAUGCUGCUUGAGUGUGGAAAAGGAUUCUCUACUGUGUCGCAACCCCCCCACUUCAAGAAGUCAGCAGAAGAUGCCAAAAGUAUGCAUCCCAGCGUGCACAUUUUUCUUGUACUGUCAAUAUAUAUCGUGUCUGUGGGGUCAGAACAAAGAAGAAGAGAAAAAACAACAACAACACACACAUGCACUAUCUAGAUUCUAGAGAGUGCUGUGCCCAUCGUGCCACGUACAGUUGCCUUGGUAACAUCAACCAAUCUUAUCCUAACCACUGAUUUUUCUUACUGUGAAAACCCCUUUUUGCUCUGAGGUGUCUGAUACACACGAGAGAGAGAGAAAUAGAGAGAGGGUGUUUAGUAAUCUUCAGUCAUGCCAAAAAAAACAAAAAGGCCCUUACUGUAAAUCCAUAAUAAUAAUAAUAGUAAUAAUAAUAAUGACAAUAAUGAUACUAAUAAUCACGAGCCUCCGCAGAAUCUGGGCUGUGUCGCGUCUAAGAUGGCAAAAUAGCACAUCCUUUUUUUUGUUUUUUGCUCUCUGAAUGGAUACUGUGAGAUGUUAUUUUUCUAUGAAAUGAUCUUUUUUGAAAUUACUCAGGUUUUUUCUCUUUCGCUCUAGAUAAGCCAUUUAGGAAGAAAAAAAAAGAAAAGAGGAGCUUACAAAAGUGACUUCACGCCUUCUUCUUUUUUUUUUUUUGUUUCACAACACAGAGUGGAUUCAUAAAAAACCAGUCAAAGCACUGUUAUGUUACGAUUCUUUACGGCAGCAUCAGGAGACGCAGACUGUUACAGCUGUUUGUUACCAGCCCAUCGUCUACAGAUCGAUGCCGUGUGGAUGAAGUCGCUCCUUCAUUUGUACCAGUCCUGACAUGAACUGCUCGGUGUUUCCCCUUCUUGCCCAUUUGUUUUUCAGCAAUUGCUGUGCAGCCACCAGAAGUGGCAGCAUGGCGACCAAUCCUGUGCCCCCCCAUACAGCAGAGUAACUUGGUAACCUAUAUGUCAGACUUAUUUUAUAAUGUUUGCUAAUGUUCUUUUUUUUUUUAGACUUUUCAUUUCCUAAGGGGGGAUUAUAUGGCCGGACUGUAAACAUGUUCUAAUAAAACUCCAAAUAAACUGCUGAACCAAUUUC